CGUGACGGUUCUCCCAAUGAAAGAAAGAUCAAUCCCACAUGAUCAUGUAGUAAGAAUAAGAUAUCAAAAAUAUCAGUAAGCCUGAAGUCCUCUUCCUCAAAACCUUCAGCUUUUGACCUUAUCUCGAAUCCUCCAAAACCGAGUGUUUCAUCAUGGGGCAAGUCUUGGGCAGGCUUCAGGGUAAGGAGUGGAGGCACAGACAAAUAAGGAAGAUAACAGAUCGAGUUUUUGACCGUAUUAUGAAUCAAUCUGGAAAGGCUGAUUUGACAUUUGAAGAUCUGUAUAUUGCUGUUUUACUCGUUUACAAUGAUCUCAAUAAGUAUUUGCCUGGUCCACAUUUUGAUCCUCCACCAAAAGACAAAGUCAGAGAAGUCAUUCAGGAAUGUGAUGUCAAUCUCGAUGGGGCAAUCGACCGUGAUGAGUUUUAUUUGUUCAUUAAGCGGAUGAGAGGGGACACGUUCACAGUCAUAAGUCAAGGGCUUAUUGUCACUCUGGUUGUCGCACCAGCAGUUGCAGUAGCAACAAAGAGGAGUACUGAAGGUGUACCAGGUGUUGGGAAGGUGGUACAAAGGCUACCCAAUUCGGUUUAUGCAUCCCUUGUUACUCUUGCAAUUGUGGCAUUCCAAAAUUUAGGACAGCAAUCUGUGUAGUGGCCAUUACUUGUGAAUUCUAUGUGGCAGAUGCUUAAAAAAUUGUGUCCUUAACUUUUGUUCUUUAUCAUUGGAUGCAUUUUAGUCCUCAGAUGCUCCUUAGUGCCCUGUAAGUAAUAGUUGUAGUUGUCAGUUUGGACAAAAGACAAUGCAUGUGCAAUAAAUUGUCUUGGGUCAAAUUGUUGUGAUAUUAUUAUUGUUGUCGUUUACUGUGAUAUUUCUUA